AGAGAGAUCAGACCGAACACUUGGCCCCAUAUCCCAAACCCAAACCCAAACUCAAACUCAAACUCAAACUCAUACUCUAACUCUCUCAAACUCAAACUCACUCAUCACUACUCGAACUCAAACUCAGAACAAGAACCAAAACCUUAUCAAAAUAGCAAAUCUAGAGAUACCCGAAAGAGAAAAAGAAAAAUAAACUAUGGAUUCAAUGAAGUCCUUUAAGGGCUAUGGUAAAGUAGAUGAGCUCGAAGAGCAAGCAUUCCGGAAAAAGACGCGUAAGCGUAUUAUCAUCAUCAUCGUCUCUAUUGUAGUUCUACUAGCUAUCAUCAUCGGCGCCGUUGCCGGAACAAUUAUACAUCGCCGGAAUAGCUCAUCAACGAAGUCGCCUAAUCCGGUUCCCGGCGCCGAGUUAACUCCUGCCGCUUCACUGAACACUCUCUGCAGUGUGACUCAGUACCCGAGCUCGUGUUUAUCGUCACUGAAAUCCUCCAACACCUCCGACCCAGAAGUCCUUUUCAAGCUAUCUCUUGGGGUGGCUAUGGAUGAGCUCAUCAAGUUAUCGAAGUACCCAAAAGAGCUAAUUGCUCAGGUAAACGACACCCGCGUGGUGAAAGCUCUGAAUAUAUGUACGGAGGUUUUGGAAGACGCGGUUGAUCGGCUCAACGACUCUGUUUCGUCCAUGGAAUUAGGGAAGGGAGAAAGAUUCUUGUCGUCGUCUAAGAUCGAUGACAUCAAAACCUGGCUCAGCGCCACCAUCACUGAUCAGGAGACUUGUUUGGACGCGCUCGAUGAGUUGAACUCGACAAUGGCCCCGAAGUUCAAGGCCCAAAUGCAGAGUUCGACCGAGUUUGCGAGUAACAGCUUGGCCAUCGUGGCCAAGAUCCUGAGCGUGUUGGCCAAGCUCCACGUUCCGAUUCACCGGAGGCUAUUGGGUCACGACGAGUUUCCGGAUUGGUUAAGCGCCGGAGACCGGAGGUUGCUUCAGGAGGAAAGCAAUAUGACUGUACAUAUCACGGUGGCGAAAGACGGAACAGGGGAUGUGAGCACCAUUAGCGAGGCGGUGGCUAGAGUGCCGAAGAAGAGUCCGACCAAAUUCGUGAUAAAAGUGAAGCAAGGUACUUAUGUGGAGAAUGUGGUGAUGGAUAAGAACAAGUGGAAUGUGAUGAUGAUUGGAGAUGGCAAAGAUAAGACCAUCGUUACCGGUAGCAAGAAUUUUAUGGAUGGCACCCCUACCUUCGCCACAGCCACUUUUGCUGUUGCGGGAAAAGGUUUCAUAGCAAAAGACAUGGGGUUCUUCAACACAGCAGGGGCAGCAAAGCACCAGGCUGUGGCAUUUCGAUCACAGUCGGAUUUCUCUGUCUACUACCGCUGCACGUUCGAUGCAUUCCAAGACACUCUCUAUCCACACUCCAACCGCCAAUUCUACCGGGAUUGUGACAUCACAGGCACAAUAGACUUCAUCUUCGGCAAUGCUGCUGUUGUCUUCCAAAAAUGCAACAUUCAGCCCCGCCAGCCUCUCCGCAACCAAUUUAACACCAUCACAGCUCAAGGGAAGAAAGACCCUAAUCAGAACACUGGCAUUUCAAUCCAAAAGUGCACAUUUACUUCAAAGGAUAGUAAUCUCACUGCUCUCACAUACCUUGGGAGGCCAUGGAAGGAGUUCUCAACGACAGUUAUCAUGCAGUCCGAUAUUGGGUCGUUUUUGCACAAAUUGGGCUGGAAAGAAUGGGUUAACAACGUUGACCCCCCAACGACCAUAUUUUAUGGGGAGUACCAAAACUCUGGGCCUGGAGCAGACGUGGCGGGAAGAGUCCAGUGGGCUGGUUACAAGCCCGCUUUGACAGAAGAUGGGGCUGCCAAAUUCUCCGUGGGAUCAUUUAUCCAAGGCCCUGACUGGUUACCCGCAGCUGAUGUUGAAUUUGAAUCAACCUUAUGAUCUCAAAUGUCAAAUAGGCUUUUACUCCAAAAUACGGAAUGUCAAAUGUUUGAAAGAUCUAAGAUAGUCUUCUUCUUUUUUUUCCCUUGUCCACUAAACAAAAUGUUACGAUUUUUUUUAGCAUGUAUGAAUAUAGUGCUCAUACUCCCCUUCUUUUUGCUUUUCACCACUUUUACCAUUUCUCUUACUUAAUGAAACAGUGUUUUUAACUAUGCAAA